AUGGCCGGGGAUGGCGAGAGGGCCUCCCGGGUCAGCUCAGGAGAAGCCUUCCACGGGGACGGCACCCGGAACCACCAGGCUAUCCUCGCUGAAAGCCUGGCAGCCAACCAGGACCCUGUGUCCCCAGCCCCUUCUCAGCCUGCAUCCAUGGCCUCUCCAGAAGCACAGAAGACUGGAGCGGCCCCGGCCGAGGAGAACCAAGUCGGCACGGGGGCCGAGAAAAUGGGAGCUCCUGCCCCCCCGUACCAGAAGUCCUGGCUGGCGCGGCAUUUCUCACUGCUGCGGAGAGACAGGCAGGCCCAGAAGGCAGGGCAGCUCUUCUCGGGGCUCCUGGCCCUCAAUGUGGUGUUCCUGGGUGGAGCCUUCAUCUGUAGCAUGAUCUUCAACAACGUGGCUGUCACGCUGGGCGACGUGUGGAUCCUGCUGGCCGCCCUGAAGGCCCUGUCCCUUCUCUGGCUCCUCUAUUACGCCACCUGCACCACCCGCCACACACACGCCAUGCUCUUCCGGGACCCUCAUGCAGGAUCCAUUUGGGUGCGGGGCUCCCUGGUGCUCUUCGGCAGCUGUGCCGUCUGCCUGAACGUCUUCCGACUGGGCUACGACGUGAGCCACAUCCACUGCAAGUCGCAGCUGGAACUCAUCUUCCCCGUCAUCGAGAUUGUCUUCAUCGGCGCCCAGACCUGGGUGCUCUGGAAACACUGUAAGGACUGUGUUCAGGUCCAGACCAAUUUCACUAGGUGUGGCCUGAUGCUGACCCUGGCCACAAACCUGCUGCUGUGGGUUCUGGCUGUCACCAACGACUCCAUGCACCGUGAGAUCAAGGCUGAGCUCAGCGCCCUUGUGGAAAACUUCUCAGGCAAUGACACCAACACCUGCGUGUGCCUCAAUGCCACGGUGUGCGAGGUCUUCCAGAAGGGCUAUCUGAUGCUCUACCCCUUCAGCACCGAGUACUGCCUCAUCUGCUGUGCCGUGCUCUUUGUCAUGUGGAAGAACGUGGGCCGCCGCCUGGCACCCCACGCAGGUGCCCACCCCGGCACGCCUCCCUUCCACCUGCACGGGGCCAUCUUCGGGCCACUGCUUGGCCUGCUGGCCCUGGUGGCAGGCGUGUGCGUCUUCGUGCUCUUCCAGAUCGAAGCAAGUGGCCUCGCCAUCGCACGCCAAUACUUCAUCCUCUACUAUGCCUUCUACGUAGCCGUGCUGCCCGCCAUGAGCCUGGCGUGCUUGGCGGGCACGGCCAUCCACGGGCUGGAGGAGCGAGAGCUGGACACGCUCAAGAACCCCACCCGCAGCCUGGACGUGGUGCUGCUGAUGGGCGCGGCGCUGGGCCAGAUGGGCAUCGCCUACUUUUCCAUCGUGGCCAUCGUGGCCACUCGCCCCCACGAGCUGCUCAACCGCCUCAUCCUGGCCUACUCGCUGCUGAUUAUCUUGCAGCACAUCGCCCAGAACCUCUUCAUCAUCGAGGGCCUGCAUCGGCGUCCGCUCUGGGAGACGGCAGGGAAGCAGGAGGCCGAGCUGCCCCGCCGGGGCUCCCUGCUGGAGCUGGGCCAGGACCUGCGGCGGGCCUCGCUGGCCUACAUCCACUCCUACAGCCACCUCAACUGGAAGCGGCGGGCGCUCAAGGAGAUCUGUCUCUUCCUCAUCCUCUGCAAUCUCACAUUGUGGAUGAUGCCCGCGUUUGGCAUACACCAGUUUGAGAACGGGCUGGAAAAGGACUUCUAUGGCUACCGGACGUGGUUCACCAUCGUCAACUUUGGUCUGCCUCUGGGGGUCUUCUACCGUAUGCAUUCUGUUGGAGGGCUGGUGGAGGUCUACUUGGAGGCCUGAGGCUGCCCAAGGACCCACCCCUGGCAGAACACCAAAGUGCCAAGGCUGGGCAGAGGGUAGCCCAGAGUCUCUGAGCAAACACUCCAUUUCAGGGGGACCUAGACCAGACUGGAUUCCCCACAGCCGCCCCCUCCCCAGAUCCUCACCGAGGUGGGAGGCACCGUCUGCAGCCCAAGACCAAGGGCAGAGCCUGGACACUGAGCUUCUGAUGCUCACACCCAGGACUGGGCGCAUGCCUGCCCCUGUUCACCACCACAAUCAGUACAGCCCAGGGGACAUCCCAGGAAGCCCCUCACGGCUACUCUCCAGGACAGACAGCUCUAAAUGACAGAGUCUGGCGGGCGGGGGGCGCGCUGCCACCCAGACUGUUCUCAGGGGUCUGCCUCCUUCUGUGGGGAGGGUACUUGGUUCAAGCUCAGCCCAGGACAUUCUAGAAGGUUGCAGCCCAGCCAGCGGGCCUGGCCCUCCCUCCCCACAUACCCUGUCUCCUAAUGAGCUCAUUAAUUAGCU